AUGGCAGCGGAAGAAUUAGAUAUUUUUCAGACGAAAUGUCCUAUUUGUCUGGAUGUUUACAUCGAUCCGGUUUCUCUGCCACGCGGCCAUCUCUACCGCAAGACGUGUAUCGAGAGCGCCGGAAAAAUCUGGAAAGUUUGUCCGAUGUGUCAAUCUCCGAUACGCAGAAUUACAAAGAGAGACGAUCGAGUCAGAGAAAUGAAAAAAUUCAUGGCCACACAUUACGUCAAUUGCCGUUAUUGUGGGAAAACAACUCUCUUAUCCGGACUACGUAAGCACACGACAACGUGCGAAGAGGCCGCCAAAAAUUCCAACAAGAGAACCUCUGCUUGUACGAAAAUCAUUCGAUGUGCCAAAAGAGAAUCGCGCCGAACGGGCUCUUAA